AUGAAAACCUUUAUCAUCCUUGCCCUCGUGGCGGCUGUUUUUGCCGCUCCUCAAGCACCCACAGAACCAAUCCCAAUUUUACGUCAAGAUAGCGAAAUCAAUCCUGAUGGUUCUUUCCAAUACUCAUUUGAGACUGGUAAUGGUAUCGUGGCUGACGCUAAUGGGGCAGUUAGAAACAUUGGCGCUGAAGAAUCCGCUCUUGAAGUUCAGGGGCAGUUCAGUUAUCUCAGUGAAAAGGGUGACCCAAUACAGCUGACCUAUUUGGCUAAUGAAAAUGGAUACCAACCACAAGGAAAGCAUCUGCCGACCUCUCCUCCCAUCCCCGCUGACAUUCAACGCGCUUUGGACUACCUCGCCACUGCUGCACCCCAACCUCAACGU